AUGCAGAAUUAUGAAAUUUAAGAGAAAAUUUAUUACUCUAAAUCGACCAUCAUACAUAAAGUCAGAAAUAUUAUAGAUAACAACAUAUAUGCAAUGAAAGUGUUUGUUGGAUUUUAUAACUAGGGUAUUAAAUUUAUUGAUCUUUCAAAGCUAUAAGUGAAAUAUAAAUUAUGAAAAAAUGUUAAAUACCCUUUGUUAUUAAACUGCAGGAAGUAUUUAGAUUAUAUGAUAAUAUUAUCAUAAUAAUGGAAUAUGCAGAUUAAGGAAAUUUAAAAUAGUUUAUAAGUAAGCAUCUUGGAAGUUUCAUUUCUGAAAGAGUGAUUUGUAAAAUUCUUAUACAAAUCGUAUUUGUUUAAUUUAUUUAAGAGAAAAUAAGAUAUACUAUAAAGGUUUAAAUACUGAAAAUAUAUUAAUACAUUAAGAAUAAGUAAGGAUUUGUGAUUUUGGAAUUGAUAAUUUAAUUUAGCAUCAAAAACUUUGUUACAGACCUCCAGAAUUGCUAUUUGAUAAUAAAUUUUCAUACAAAUCAAUGAUGUAUCAAUUCGGUCUUGUAUUAUACAAAUUGACUAAUUAAAGGCAAUUAUUUAAAUUAGAGAUUAUAGAACAAAUCAAAGCAGUCAUCCUUAAUGGAGGAGCGUAAUUGAAAUUAUCAUUUAAGAAUUGUAAAGAUUCCAUAGAUUUAUUCCAAAGAGCUUUAAUUCAUUAUUUCAACUUGUCUUGAUCGAGAAACUGAUAGAUUAGAUAUUCGUUAAUUAGUAAACAAUGAAAAUUUAAAAAUCUUAUUAAAAUAAAAGCAUGUCACUUUUAAUUAUGAAUAAUAAGACACUUUUGAAUUUUGGUGUAAUAAUAAAUAGUAAAAAUAAAAAGGGAAGAGUGUUUAUACUGAUUAUGUAGAAUUAGAAGUCAAAGAAUCAAAUCCAAAUAAUUAAUAAAUUAUAUAAUAAGAUAAACCAACUAACAAUAAAACAAUCAAUCUCCGAACUAACAAUAAAAGUAAUCAAAAUAUUCCUAAGUUGAAGAUAAAAAAACCACAAAAUGAAACACAAACUUUUAGACCAACUUCUUACUAAUACUAUCAGUAGAUAAAAAUUCAUCUCCUCUACUCAUCGAAAAUUAGUUUCUCCAAUUCCUAAACCACAAUGGAUUGA